UUGUUUGUCGUUUCGCUCGACAGUAUAUACCACGGCGUGCUCGUUAAAAAGAAGAAGUUGUCGUAAAAUGGAGGACGAAUUUGCCGCCAAUUUUCCAUUUAAAGAUAAUAAUGACGGUGAACAGACAGUUUUUGAAGGAUUUGCUGGGUUGCCUAUUGAUCCUCCGACAAAAAGAGAUACCUGUUCUCGUUGUCUUCGACCAGUGAGCGUUGGACUUUGUCCGUUCUUCCCUAAGGAGAGGAUUCCUAUUGAGUCAUGUCUGUACAUCAUCCAGCAUCCAAAUGAAGAGAAGCGGUUGCUACGGACAGUGCCCAUUCUUUCUGCUUGCCUACCUCCUGGAAAAUGUCAGGUCAUAAGAGGAAAAAGAUUCUCAGAAAAAAGCUAUCCAGAGUUGGCCAAAGUGUGCUCCAGUCCCAACACGAUAGUCUUGUUUCCAGGCCCCGAUGCUAUGGAUAUCAGCAAAGUUCCUGUUCCACCACCUAGCAUGAAUGGCCAUAGCAAGGGUUACAACAUUCUCGUCAUGGAUGGGACUUGGCACCAGGCUACCAGUAUGUUCAAGUCCAAUGCAAUGUUCCAAAUACCUCAACAAGUGCAAUUUACAAACUCCGGUUCCAGUGAGUAUACCAUUCGUACCCAGCCAACCAAUACUACAGUUUGCACAGUGGAAUCGGCUGCUAUAGCACUCUCUGUGCUGGAGAGGAACCCGGAGAUCAGAGAAAUCCUUGCCAAACCAUUGAGGGCGCUGUGUCAGUUUCAGAUGAAUCAUGGUGCAGUAAAGCAUCAUAGUAAGGAGUAUCUGAAAGCACAUCCAGAGCUUCCUCAAUAUAAGAGUUGGGUGGAUCAUGGAACGAAGCCAUCACCUGAUAAUUCUUGAGGAUUGCCAAAUGAUUUACUAUCCUCCCGGCUGAUGACGUGGCACAAGGAGCGGGUCAGUCGAAGGAUCAUCGAUGGACAUCCUGCAGGAUCCUCAGGGUAUACGUAUCAUCGACCUGCGAUGGAGGAAAAUGAAUGGUAAAGCAAAUGGUCUGGAGACCUGCGUUGGAAUCAAAUCAGUGCAAUGCUGCCUGUAGGUAAGGCACCAGUCCACAUUACCUGGUCCUUAGGAUAGGACUAUUAGCUGAAGGUCUUUUGGCUUGUUGCUGACAAGAUGUAGGCUACACGUGCUUUCAUAUUGAAAUUGAAAUCAACCAAUUCUUUUUUUUUUUUUUUUACGUUUUGUUCAUAUGGUACUAUUUUUGUCUUGCCAGCAUAGUAGAGGAGAGACAAAAUGUGUUUUGUUGUGGUAACAAAUAAAACUUUUUUUUUUUUUCACUUGGAAAACAGAUAAAAAUUAAGUUUAUCACCCAGAAUAUUCCAGAUAAACAGAUUUUCUUGGUAAACUUAAUUUUUCGCUUGAUUUUUCGAAAAGUUUAUACAUUUUUUUUUUCUGCUUGAGUAACAGGGUUUUUCAAUAAAAAAAAUUAUUAUUUUAAAUUAGGGAAUAAACAGGUUUUGCCUUUUUAUCAAUUUAUGUAUUGGAUUUUCCAGGAUAUUAUUUUCUUUUAGUGGUGAACUAAUUUUUUGAUUGACAAACUGACAAAUUGCUUGCCAUAGCCUCGUAUUAGUAUUAUAGGUGUGACAAGAAAGAAAGAGGCUGCAGACGUAGCAAUUUGUUUCACUUCCUUAUUUUCAAUAUUUGUUUCUGCCUCUGUUCUCGUGUAGAUGCAAAAUCUGAUUUAUUUUUCUUAUCAAUACCUUCCCUUUUCUCUCUGUUUCUAGGGGUUUCUUAUAUUUUUUCAAUCAUUACAGCUAUCAAUACCGCAUAAAAAUUUAACACAGCGACCACUCUUUAGAGAAGGGAUUUGGAAACACUGGUUGUGGUGCCACUUUGUGCAACCCACACAUUGCAUGUAUUGCAAGGUAUCGUUGUACUUCUUUUUACGUAAUUUAUACAGUAUGUUGUUUCAUUACGUGUUGUUGAGAAUUGUUCAUUCGAGUGAUAAUUAUCUCUAUUCCUUGAUUCUGAAAACUUCACAUUACUAUUGCCUCUGUUUUCUGACCAAAUUAUUUGUAGCAUUUUCAUCGCUGAAUUUAUUUUUCUACGUGGAUACAUUUGACGUGUAGCCACAUCUUCCCAGAACUCUUUUUUUUAACCAAAAUAGUCUGAAUCUUCUUUAGCUUUUAAGGCUUCUAUCAUGUGCAGGAUGCAUAUAAGUCUGCUUCUACCAGACCCUCUUGAGUUGAGAUUAUGGAACAGUGUGAUGAAAUCUGUCAAAUUGAAGAAUGACGCAGGAAACCAAGUUGUUUUCGCAGCUUUUGUGUUUAUUACACCGUUUCGGAGCAAAUGUCUCUACAGACAGACAGUAAAUUACUAACGUGUGUUCUAGUGCCUUGUUAUAAGCAAAAGUGAAAAGUGACUUAUUAUAGGAACUAGGCCCUUUGAACAGAUUCUGGAGAUGUGUCUCAGGAAUUGUGAUGGAUUUAGUAUAGUAUACUAAUGGACAUAAUAUUGUGUCAAGAAAACAAGAUAUCUGAACAGUCGGGCCAGAGCAUCCUGAAACGAUUGGUCUUCCUGAGUUGUGGACUUUGUGUAUUUUAGGUAGAAAGUAUAUUUGUGGGCAUUCAGAUAUACUAGGAAUUAGUAAAUUUAUGUCUUUUAGGGUCAUUUGUGUUCUUCACUGCUCUUUUUCACUUUGUUUAAAAUAUAGUUUUCCUCUACGUUUCUGUGUUCAGUUGCCUGUGACCUUCAGGAAGAUAGUUCUGUUUGGAUUGAACUACUACUGCUGAACCAUUGUCACCUGGUUUGAUAAUGACAUCCCUAUUCCCUCUUGGGUCCUGAAGAGCUUGUCUCUCCGAUGGAGAAAGAAAGAAAAAUUAGAAAAAAUAUUGUUAGAAAUAUAUUAUCAUUUAUGGGGACCCAUAAAAACAGGACGUUGUGACCCUCACUAAUGCUCCCCAAAAUCUGAAAACAUCAUCAGUAACAUUAAAUAGGCCACCUCUAUUCUGUAUAUUGAUCCAUGCCAGCGUGUCGUCCAGGAAUGAUGGUGCCACGGCAUCCUCCUCCUCUUUAAUCUUCCAAUUCUAACUCCACGUAAAGUCUGGCAGUACUACACUUGGGUCGCUGAUUUUGUUAUGUUGUCGUUGGAAUCUAUUGCACUUUACUUUCAACCAGUCUUAAAUGAAGACAAUGCAAUGCCGGAUGUAUGGUUCAUACAUUUAUUGAAGAUGAUUAUAAGUAUAAAGUUGAUGAUGACCAAUAUACAUGAGCUCUAAAACUCGGAUCUCUAUUAAUAUAUCUGCAUGCUGGAGCCGAUCUAAAACUGUAAUCUGACUUGGGUUCAGAAUAGGCUGGCUUAUAAAUGGUUAGGUUUCUUGUUCAGUCUUCAAAGUUCUCAUAUCAAUUAGCAAAUUCUAAUCCCUAAAGAUCUUUCUCUUGAUUAACUCCAUGAUUUUGUCUACCUCUUGUUGUUUCAAAAUAUGUCCGGCUACUAAAUUAUUCACUCUAGUAGUAAGUGUAAUCUGACUUGGGUUCAGAAUAGGCUGGCUUAUAAAAUGGUUAGGUUUCUUGUUCAGUAUUCAAAGUUCUCAUAUCAAUUAGCAAAUUCUAAUCCCUAAUGAUCUUUCUCUUUAUUAACUCCAUGAUUUUGUCUACCUCUUGUUUCAAAAUAUGUCCGGCUACUAAAUUAUUCACUCUAGUAGUAAGUGGUCUAGGAGGUGUGUACAAAUCAUGGUUGGGACGUUUGGAGGGGCAGUUGUGUUUACAGUAGGGGCUGCAUUUGCGAAUGCCGCUUCACCAUGUGCGAUCUCGGCUGUGAGGUCGGUUUCGUCUGUCAUCCUUGUCAUGUUGUAUUUUUAAGGAGUAAAUUUCAUCCCGUAUUUGGGAUAAUUCUUCCUGGGUCGAAAAGCUUACUACAGUCCGAGAAGCACUGCAGUCAUUAAGGUCAAGAAAACAUUCCGCUUUCGCCGCAAUUUCAUCGCUGCCCGCUGUCUCUUGAAGAGUCAUUAUUAUUGCUGAUCGGCAUUUAGGUGGUAGAGAAGAUAAGAUUUUAUCUCGUACCUGUGUUUCGCCAUAGCCGCUGUGCGCCGCUGCUUGUCUAACGCGCUGCAAAUAUAUCUCUGCGCUUUCGUCUGUUGUCAUAGUUAGUUCAUUAAAUUCCCUAACAUAUGCGUAGGUCAAUUUUGUUCCGCUAAACCUUCCAAUAAAGGAAGAUUUCAGUCUGUGGUAGGUAGUGAAAGUUUGGCCCUCAAUCCAAAGUCUGGCUUGGCCUUGGAGGCUUCUUUUGAACGUCCGAAGUAUGUUGGGGAAUUGGGAAGGGACAGUCAGGGCAAAGUCAUGGGCAUCUAAGUAGUCCUCAAACGUCAAAAAAUGAGCUGUGCAAAGGUGACAGUCAAUUCUAUUACCUGAAAAUCUAUUCGGUAAAAAGUCAGUCUGUCGUAGGGGAGGGGUGGGUCUUGGAACUACAUGUACAGACAUAUUGUUAUGAAUAUCCUAACAAAGUUAAAGUACAAGUGAAAAACUACAAAUAAAUUAGGGAUAUUGCAAAAGACAAUUUAAAUGAAUUAGAUGCACGUACUUUAACCCUGUAAGUGUCACAUGGGGAAAUGGGGCAUGUCAGGGCUAUAUGCAGGAACUUGAGGAGGUUUAUUUUAAUUCUUGAUUUAUUAUAUUCAGUUGAUAGAAAACAUGACAAAUUAUAUACCAUUUUGAAGGUUAUGAUAUUUCCUAUCUUUUGAUAUGAUUUUCGAAUGAAGGGCGCCCUCACUGUCAGCAAAGGGCGCCCUCAUACACCAUUUCACUAAUUCAUUGUCAGUAAUGCAUCUGAGCACCAUGUUUUCUCAUUCAAACACAUAUCAUAUGGGAAAAAAAGUACAUGUAUAUUCAUGUUUUAGAACAUAUAUUUGGCUUUCAGAAAAACAUUAGUUUUUUACAAUUUGACUCUUUAUGACCGUUGUGGAAUAAAAUUUGUGUGACCAUGUCAUGUAAUAAAUUUUGCGUAAA